UCAUGCUCCAACUGAAUUAUGGGUCUUCAUGUAUUAUAUCAUACCCUACAUGUUUCAAGACUACAACCAGUGGACAAGAUACUUUGUCACCAUUACACUUUGGUUCAUUGUCAUAAACAUGGUAACCAACUGGCUCUGUGUAAUUCUGUAUAACCCUGCAUAUCCUAAAACUAAGGAUAAUAUUUCCCUUCAACCAGAUCACAAAGAUGGGAUUUUGCCAGAUAAAAUUUCAGCAGGAAUACCUCAGACUAUGCAUCUAAAAGAAGUAAAUGGGCAGUGUGUGUACGAUAUAGAAACAGAAGAAACUCUACCAUGGCAUUAUUGUGAAACAUGUGAAAUACAUGCUCCAUUUCGUUCACAUCAUUGUAAAGUAUGUAAAACAUGUAUUCUCAAAAUGAACCACCAUUGUUAUAUUGUGGGAAAUUGUGUUGGAUUUAAUAACCAAAGGUAUUUUGCUGUUUUUACGUUUUAUAUAAUGACAAAUUGCCUACCAGCUGCAUAUUUUACUUUUGAAUACAUACAAGAUAAUGUCUUGGUUGAAUUAAAUUCAUGGACAGAUCUGGUGUUGCCAUUAACAAUAUGGCGAUAUGUUAAUGGCAGUAUAAACAGUUUAAACUGUCUACUGAUAUUUCAUCUUUAUACAGAGAUUACAUUUGGGAUAUUGGGAUUAUUUUAUUUUCUGAUUCAAAUGUUGCUGUGUACCUCCGGUAAGACAUUAUAUGAGAAAGCAAAAGGAAGCCCUGUAAGGAACACUAAUACAUUUAGCCGAAACAUGCGAUCAGUUUUUGGAGAGUACUGGGCAUUGAAUUUUCUGGUUCCAAUGACGCCGAUAUUCAGGCAGCGGGAUGACGGUAUACACUGGGAUGGAAUCAAAACUGAUCGUAGAACAAAAAUGAAUAGAAAAAAUCUUGAAAGAAAAUGACAUUAUUUGGUUUUAUUCAG